ACCGCCAUGGCCCAGACCGUGCAGAUGGAGAUCCUGAACUUUUGCAUCAGCAUCCUGGAGUGCCUCAAGGAACAGCAGCUGCAGGGCCUGUACUGUGACGUGUUGGUGAUGGUCAAGGGCCAUGUCUUCAAGGCCCACCUGGCCAUGCUGGCUGCCAGCAGCUCCUACUUCCGGGAUGUGUUCAACAGCAGCCGGAGUGCUGUGGUGGAGCUGCUGGUGGCCGUGCAGCCCCAGUCCUUCCAGGAGAUCCUCAGCUUCUGUUACACGGGCCGGCUGAGCAUGAACAUUGGUGACCAGUUCCUGCUCAUGUAUACAGCCGGCUUCCUGCAGAUCCAGGAGAUCAUGAAGAAAGGCACAGAGUUCUUCAGCUGUGACUCCCAGGGCCUGCACGCCGAGGAGGCCCCUGUGUCCGAGCCCCAGAGCCCUGUGGCACAGACAUUGAGCUGGCCGGCCUGCGGCACCCCGCUGACCCUUGUGUCGCGUGUCAAGACAGAGCAGCAGCAGUUGGACUCUGUGCAGUGCACACCUGUGGCCAAGCGGCUGUGGGACAGCGGUCAGAAGGAGGCUGGGGGUGGCAGUGGUGGCAACGGCAGCCGAAGAUGGCCAAGCUCUUGCUCCCCUUCUCCUAACCCCAAGUUCUCCACGCCAGACCUGGCCACCAACCAGCAGUCCCAGCAGGCCCUGGUGUUGGGGGGGCCGCACAGCCCACAGUGGUGGCUGCAGGGCCCUGGGGCUGGGCAACCGACUUGGGGGGCUGUGGCAGUAGCAGCAGGGGGAGUGGUGAGUGGGCCCAGCACAUUGGAGCAGACCAGCCCAGGCACCUCCAGCCCUGGCUCCUACCACAAUGAGGAGGAUGAGGCGGCGGUGGGCAAGGAGGGCACAGACCAGCAGUACUGGCAGAUCUGCAACAUGUACACCAUGUACAGCAUGAUAAACGUCGGCCAGACUGCCAAGAAGGUGGAGGCCCUCCCUGAGCAGGUGCCCGAGUCCUGGAAUCAUAUCCAUGUGCGGCAAGACCUGGCAUCUCUUCCGGCUGAGCUCAACCAGAUUGUCAACCGCUACCACCCCAAGAUCUACAAUGAGGGUGACCCCUCCGAAAAGCUGGAGCUUGUGACAGGCACCAAAGUGUACACCACGAGGGCGCAGCUCACAAACUGCCAUGUCAGUGCAGGCACGCAGCACAAGGUCCUGCUGUGACACCUCCUGGCCUCCUUCUUUGACCAGAACACCCUGGCCAACAGCUGUAGCACGGGCAUCAGCUUUUCCAGUAACAACCCUAGCUGCAAACCGGAUAGUCGCGUCCUCCACGCCGUCAAGUACUACUGCCAGAACUUUGCUCCCAACUUCAACGAGAGCGAGAUGAACGCCAUCGUGGCCAACAUGUGCACCAACACCCGCAGCGUUGUGCAUAAGAGCUGCAUCCCCAAGGUCAAGCUGCUCAUGGCCGAGGGUGACGCCUACACCACCUUCAUCAGCUACACGGGCAAGAUAGAGCCGGACAUUAAGGGUGUGGAGCACGGCUUCGAGACAGCCAGCCACGAUGGCGAGGCUGGCCCCUCAGCAGAGGAGGCCCUCCAGUAACCCCCACCAGACCCUCCCGCGGGGUCAUCACACUCCCCCGUUUUGUCAUACCCUCCCACCAUCUUGGUCACGAGCUACUGUCUGCCCUUCCCCAGGACCCGCAGGGGAUGCUGCAUGAUCCCGGCCCCUCUGCCGCCCCUGUCCCACCCCCUGACCCCAAUCCAAUCGGGGAUCAGGCUGGAAGAGGAUGGCAGGUGGUGGAGGUCUGCGUUGCCUUCUCCAGCACACACUUGUGCAGUGGGGGAGCUCUU